AUGGCUCAAGAACGACAGAAUAGAACCGACUUAACUGGCCUCCUUGGCAGCAAAGGUGUAACUUCGUUGGCCGAGAAUGUAGGUCUUGAAAGGUUGCCGAACCAGCGUUCCAUUCUGGUUGCCACCAGCCCGAUCAAGUCGGGAAAGGUAAUCCUCAAAGGAGAUAUGGGGGAUGCACUCGAGUUUCCUUUAGUGAAAUCAACACUGGAAACGGGAGCAAAGAUAUUUCUUCCACCAGAAGCUUCCAUGCAUUGCCAUUUUUCAGUUCUACUUGUAUUGCAAAUAAUGAAACCCAAAAGUGUCUCGCAUUGGAAAAUUCCUGAUAAGAACUACUUUGAAACGUCUUUCCCUAUCCUCUGGGAUGAAAGACUACAAGCUUCGCUUCCGGAGGGAGCUAAAAUAUGGUUGGUCGCGCAGCAGGAUCGACUAGAUAUGGACUGGGAUCACGCCAAGGAAUCACUGGAAGCAAAUUGGCCAGAUAUGGGGGAUAUGUCCACCAGCCCUAAGGAGUUAUUCCUGAGAGCAUGGCUCUAUGUGGAGUCCCGAGCGUAUCAAGAUACGCGUUGCGAUACUGUUCUGUCAUCAGUUGCACCUCAGCCGGAUGACAGGCAGGUUCUCUUUCCCAUAAUAGAUCAUUUAGCUAUCGAUCCUAAAGGGUGCAAAGUACAUAUCGAAAAAGGCUCGUAUAUACUUGAGACGACCCGUGAGUAUAAGCCUGGUCAACCGAUCGGCCUACUUUGCCGCAAUAACAAAAUCGACCUCUUGAUCACCUGCGGAGUCACUACACGGAGUUUGGAGCCACCAGGAGCCCUAGAUCAUGAGACACUGUCUAAUAAUGCCAAUUAG